AUGAGCAUAAGGCAGCUUUUCCGGUCCUCGCGUCUCCAGUGGGCUUGGAGGGCAGCCUUCCUGAAACACAAGCAGUGUGGGCACCAGGGACCCUGGCGAUGGACACAUUCUGGAAGUGGCCCCUACAGAGCGAUCAUUUUUGACAUGGGUGGAGUUCUCAUUCCUUCUCCAGGGAAAGUGGCUGCAGAAUGGGAGGCACAAAAUCAUAUCCCUUCCGGAACGAUAUUGAAGGCCUUAGUCACAGGUGGCGAAAAUGGGCCUUGGCUGAAAUUUAUGAGAGGAGAAAUGACAGAAGAGGAUUUCUUACAAGAAUUUAGGAGACUCUGCUCUGAAAUUUCAAAUACCUCUGUGCCUGUGGACAACUUUUUCUCUCUGCUGACCAGUGAGCAAGUGGCAAAGCAGUUCCCAGUGAUGACUGAAGCCAUAAUUCAAAUUCGGGCAAAAGGCCUUCAGACUGCAGUCUUGAGCAAUAAUUUUUAUCUUUCCAAUGGCAAAAGCUUUUUGCCCUUGGACCGAAAACAGUUUGAUGUGGUUGUGGAGUCCUGUGUGGAAGGUGUCUGUAAGCCAGACCACAGGAUCUACAAGCUGUGCUUGGAGCGGCUGGGCCUACAGCCUUCGGAGUCCAUUUUUCUUGAUGAUCUUGGACAGAAUGUCAAAGCAGCUGCCAGCCUUGGUAUGCGCACCAUUAAGGUUAAUGAUCCAGAGGCCGCAGUAAAGGAAUUAGAAACUCUGUUGGGUUUUACCUUGAGAACGGCUAUUCCAAACACUCGCCCUGUGAGAAAGACAAUGGAAAUUCCAAAAGAUUCCUUGGAGAAGUACCUCAAAGACCUCCUGGGGACCCAAGCCACAGGCCCGCUGGAACUCCUUCAGUUUGAUCACGGGCAGUCAAAUCCAACGUACUACAUCAAGCUGGCUGGCCACCAGCUGGUUCUGAGAAAGAAACCGCCAGGGACACUCCUUCCAUCUGCCCAUGCAGUAGAGAGAGAAUUCAGGAUCUUGAAAGCCCUUGCGAGCACUGGAGUACCUGUCCCCAAAGUUCUUGACCUCUGUGAAGAUUCAAGGGUCAUUGGCACGCCCUUCUACCUGAUGGAGUACUGCCCAGGCCGCAUCUACAAAGACCCCUCUCUGCCAGGCUUGGAGCCCAGCCAGAGGCGGGCCAUAUACACGGCUAUGAACAAAGUCUUGUGCAAAAUUCACAGUGUGGAUUUCAAGGCUGUGGGCCUAGGAGGCUACGGGAAACAUGGGGACUACAUUCCACGCCAGGUGCAGACCUGGAUUAAGCAGUAUCGAGCCUCAGAGACCAGCACCAUCCCGGCGAUGGAGAGGCUCAUCGAAUGGCUGCCGCUGCACCUUCCCAGGCAGGAGAGGACCGCGGUGGUGCACGGGGACUUCAGGCUGGACAACCUGCUGUUCCACCCAGAGAAGCCCGAGGUGCUUGCUGUCUUUGACUGGGAACUCUCCACCUUGGGCGACCCCCUUUCGGACGUGGCCUACAGCUGCAUGGCUCACUACCUGCCGCCCACUUUUCCCAUGCUGCGAGGUUUGAGUGACUGUGAUCUGACUCAGCUGGGCAUCCCUACUGCAGAGGAGUAUUUCAGGAUGUACUGUCUCCACAUGGGGAUCCCUCCCACUGAGAACUGGAACUUCUACAUGGCUUUCUCCUUUUUCCGAGUGGCUGCGAUCCUACAGGGAGUCUACAAGCGCUCGCUCACAGGGCAAGCAAGCUCGGCAACUGCUGAACAAAGUGGAAAGAUGACUGAGUUUAUGUCUAACUUGGCCUGGGAGUUUGCAGUCAAAGAAGGGUUCCGGAUUUUCAAAGAGAUGCCGGCCGCAAAGCCGUUAACAAGGUCCUACCACACGUGGGCUGGUCCACGGUCUCUGCCGAGCACCCCAGGAACGAGGAGUUAUACCUCCCUUCCAGAACCUUCCUCGGCUCAUGCCUCAAAGGGAGCUCUGGUUAUCUCUCCAGAGGGCCUUUCCCCACCAGUCAGGGAGCUAUACCAGCGGCUGGAGCAGUUCAUGGAUCAAUACGUGUACCCUGCUGAGCCAGAGCUGCAACGUCACCAGGCCUCCGCCGAGAGAUGGACCCCUUCCCCCCUGGUGGAAGAUCUCAAGGAGAAAGCCAAGGCCAAAGGACUUUGGAACCUUUUCCUACCCUUGGAGACUGAUCCCGAGAGAAAAUAUGGAGCAGGACUGACCAAUGUCGAGUAUGCGCAUCUCUGUGAACUCAUGGGCAUGUCUCUGUAUGCUCCCGAGAUAUUUAACUGCUCUGCCCCAGACACGGGGAACAUGGAGCUGCUGGUGCGCUACGGCACCGAGGAGCAGAAGGCCCGCUGGCUGACUCCGCUGCUGGAGGGGAAGGCCCGCUCCUGCUUUGCUAUGACGGAGCCUCAGGUUGCCUCAUCAGACGCCACCAACAUUGAGUCUUCCAUCAGAGAGGAGGGUGACUGCUACGUCAUCAAUGGUCGCAAGUGGUGGAUCACAGGCAUCCUGGAUCCUCGCUGCCAACUCUGCGUGUUUAUGGGGAAAACAGACCCGCAGGCCCCACGCCACCAGCAGCAAUCCAUUCUUUUGGUUCCCAUGGACACCCCGGGGAUAAAAGUCAUUCGGCCUCUGACGGUGUAUGGGCUGGAUGAUGCACCAGGUGGCCACGGUGAAGUCGUGUUUGAGCAGGUGCGCGUGCCCAAGGACAGCAUGGUCCUGGGCCCUGGUCGCGGCUUUGAGAUCGCCCAGGGCCGACUGGGCCCCGGCAGGAUCCAUCACUGCAUGCGGCUGAUCGGGCACUCGGAGAGGGCCCUGGCGCUCAUGAAAGCCCGUGUGAAGUCCCGGGUGGCGUUUGGGAAGCCCCUGGUGGAGCAGGGCACGGUCCUGGCAGACAUCGCCCAGUCACGCGUGGAGAUUGAGCAGGCCCGGCUGCUGGUGCUGAAAGCUGCGCACCUCAUGGAUGUGGUAGGAAAUAAGGCUGCAGCAUUAGAUAUUGCUAUGAUUAAAAUGGUGGCCCCAUCCAUGGCAUACCGCGUGAUUGAUCGCGCUGUUCAGGCCUUCGGAGCAGCAGGGCUGAGCGGCGACUACCCGCUGGCUCAGUUCUUCUCCUGGGCCAGAGCGCUGCGCUUUGCCGAUGGCCCCGACGAGGUGCACCGGGCGGCGGUGGCCAAGAUGGAGUUGAAGAACCGCAUUUAG